AUGGCACUUUUUGUUGAAUUGGAAGCGGAAGACGACGGCGGCGACGCGCAGAAUCCCAGUAGUCGUUGCUCUGCACCGCCGCCAGCCGAAGCUGUCGAGUCCAUGACGCCGACCCUCCGCAGUGCCGUGACUGAUGCUUUCCAUUGCUAUCCCAUCGUCGCCGGCAUCGUGUCCCACCUCGACCUCACCACUCUGGACUCUCUCGCCCGCACCAGUCGCGCCAUCCAUCGCAGCCUUAUCCAAUCCCGCGCCGCAAUCCUCGCCACCACCCUGCGCUGCUCCAACGAAAAUGUCUCCAUUGACACCAAGGUGACGCUGCAGCACCACGCCAACCACGCCAACCACGCCAACGAUGCUCACACGAGCGCCGGCUCGCGGCACCCGGCCGACGCAAGCAAGGCGAGCCGCUGCGCAAGGGACAUGGUGGGCGAAUGCCGACGCUGUGCGGCCGUCAUCUGCAGGAAUUGUGCAUUCAAGCCUCCAGCCAUGAACCAACUUCGCGAGCGCCACCGUCGUCUCUGCACGCCCUGCGCCAAAGCGCCUCUCAAAACGGUGGCAUGCCCAAGCCUCGACUUGGCUCUUCCCAGAGGCGUCGAGAUGAUGCAGCGCUCGCUCUGCGACUGCGAGUCGGCCGGUGUCUGGCUGUGCCAGCCCUGUGGACGCACUAUUCGCAACGCUGACAGUGACUAUAUCCGCAUCUGGCGCUGGCGCACCCACUACGGCGAAACCCUUGGCUGUCUGGGCACCGGCAUUGGCGAUGCCGAUCGCGGUGUCAUCUGUGGCCGCGAGGAGCGCUGUCUGGCUGCCCGCGAGCGCGAGCAGGAGAUCGACUGCGACGCUGAAGAUGCCCGCAGCAGCCGGGCAUCCUCGUCUUCAUCGUCCUCGUCCGACCACCCGACGACGCCAUCUAGCGGAAACAACCACCACCAUGCAUCCUCUUACUUUCCCGUCGUUGCGUCGUCAUCCUACGAUUCGCAUCCCAUUGAGCAUCUCAAGGACGAAGCCGUUCGGGAGCGUACCCCGUCCCCACUGCUCCUCGGCCCCGGGUACGCGCGGCACGAAAUUGAGGGCAUUGGCGGCAUCGUCAAGCGCAAACUCGUGCGCAUGGUACGUGUCGGCAAGUGCGUACCGGAGUGGGAGGAGGAACGGUCGGCCGGCAGGGUCCUAGGCAGAGAAAUCAGACGCGAGGCACGCAGCUGGUGCGGGUGGUGCUGGCGCGUGGUGCCCGGCCGUGACGACCGGCUGCCCACGACGAUGCCGGUACCGGCUGCGUCGACGCAAAAUCGUCCUCCAGUGGUGUCCGUGGUACGCAACCCGGCUGACAGCGUCCAGCAAUACUCGUACCGGGACCGGAACCGAGACAACUUUGAGAGCAUUACUGCCACAGGUUAA